AUGGUACAAUUCUUUAGGGGUUUUUCACUCUCAGAUGAAAAGGUAGAUGAUGAGUUACCUGUUACCUGCGCGCAGGUGCGCUCCGUCCUCCUGAUGCCGCAGAACGCGCAGACCCUUAGCACAGUGCUGUCUGAUUCAGCUCUCCCACGAAGAGUUCUUCAUAAUUAUACAGCGAGAGAUGCAUCAACAGAAUAUUGUGGGUGUCUUAAUGGUGGCUGGUGCCAGGAGGAAGGACGCUGUGAUUGUGCUCAGUUCCAGGGUCUCGGGGAUCGCUGUCAAAUCAUUCCCAACCAUGGUCAGGACAGGGAUGGGAUUUGCCGUUCAUGGGGUCAGCAUCAUUUUGAGACCUUUGAUGGAAUGUAUUACUACUUCCCUGGAACCUGUUCGUAUAUCCUGGCCAAAGACUGCCAUUCCACAGAGCCCCAGUAUACAGUGUGGGUUCAUAACAGUCGUUCAUGUAGAGCUUCAGUGUAUUCAUGUCCACGUGGUCUGAGUCUGUUCUUCCCAAAUGAAGAGGAAAUCUAUAUUAGUGGUUAUCAGGUGCUAAAGGGAGGACACAGACUGAGUCUGCCACAGACAGUGCGUAAUGUUUUCAUUGAACGCUUGGCUGACUAUAUCCUGGUGAAGAGCACGUUUGGCUUCUCUCUGGCGUGGGACGGAAGCUCUGGAGUCUACCUCAAAAUGACCGAAGCACACAAAGGAAGGCCUUGUGGUCUGUGUGGAAACUAUAAUGAUGACGGCUCGGAUGAUCUCAGCAGCAGCCGCGGUAUAGUCUCUGAUGACAUUGCUGAAUUUGGGAACAGCUGGGCAGUAGAUUUGCCCCAAGAGAGACCCUGUCCUGAGGUUGAUGAUGAUUUCCGUGGACCUUGCUCAUCUGAGUCAGAUAUGGAUGAUGCCAUUGAGAAGUGCAGCGCAUUGCUUUUCUUUCCUUUCAUCUCCUGCCAUGAGAACAUUGACCCAAAUCCAUUUGUCGCCAGCUGUGUUUCGGACAUGUGUGUGUCAGAUGAUGAGGAGACAUUUUGUCGAACUCUUGUUGAGUACACUAGGGCCUGUUCUCAUGUGGGAUACCCCGUCAGAGAAUGGAGGGACAGUUUUCCUACAUGCGCGGACAGAUGUGAGGAUAGUUUUGUCCACAGAGACUGUAUCAGCUGCUGCCCACCUACAUGCAUGUUUGAGAAAGAGUGUUUGGGAACCAAUCUACACUGUCUGGAUGGAUGCUACUGCCCAGAUGGUUUGAUCUUACAGAAUGGCACCUGUAUAGCAGUGUCUCAGUGCCCCUGUGUGUACCAUGGUACACCAUAUCCUCUUGGUCAUGUAUUGGAGCAGGGCUGCACUGUCUGUGUCUGUAUGGGAGGAGUGUGGAACUGCACAGAGAAUAAUUGCACUGCGGAAUGCACAGUAAUGGGUGACGCACAUGUGACCACUUUUGAUGGGCGGAUCUUCAUGCACAUGGGCUCUUGCCAGUAUGUGCUAGUGAAGAGCCGCGGCAGCACCAAGUUUACUGUGACACUACUGUACACAGCCUGUGGAGAGUCUCAGGAGCACUCUUGCAUCCACUCAGUGGCUAUGGUGGUGGAUGAAGAUGUCAGCAGGCAAGUCACUCUCACCAGAGAGGGGGAAGUUGUUAUUGGGGCCAGUAUGGCUGUCAAUUUGCCUUACUCAGAUGACAUGGUGAACAUUCGCCGGCUGACAUCUUUGUUUGUGGGUCUGCGGUCUGUCUUUGGCCUGAGGUUUCAGUAUGAUUGGCAGGGUGGACGAAUCUACCUUCAGCUAGACAGCACCUGGAUGGGCUCCACACUCGGCCUAUGUGGGACCCUCAACGGAAACCUACGGGAUGAUUUCCUUUCUCCUGCUGGAAUGAUUGAAGGAACCCCACAGCUGCACGUCAAUGCCUGGAAAGUGUCUUCAGCGUGCAUAAGCCCUGUUAACAUUCCUAUUAUCGACCCCUGUGAAAUGAACCAACAAAAUGUGUUUUAUGCUGCCCGGUGUGAUGUGCUUUUGGAGGAAGUGUUUGCGGCGUGCCAUGCAUAUGUUAGUCCCAGCAUGUACCACCAGCAGUGCCGCUACCAGGCCUGUCGAUGUGGCAGCACCUGCCUCUGCACUGCUCUGUCCCACUACGCAUACAUCUGCAACAAGCAUAAUGUCACCGUCAACUUCAGAGCACACGUCUCUGAGUGCGGUAUGGUGUGUUUAGGAGGGAUGAUGUAUCACCCGUGCACAUCAGCAUGUGGGAAGACGUGUCAGUCAAUCAGCAGUGGUGAAGUGUGUGAUGGCGACUGUGCUGAAGGAUGCAGCUGCACCGAGGGAACAUUCUACGAUCACGCUCGCCAGCGCUGUGUGUCACUCUCCCAGUGUCACUGUUAUUUCAUGGGUUCAGUCUUUCAGCCUGGUGAAGUGUCCUUCAGCUCAUCUGGACCAUGUGUGUGUCAUCGUGGGUUCUUUAACUGCACAUAUUCGCCAUGUCCAGCGGUGUGCACCAUUUACAGCGACCGACAUUACCACACAUUUGAUGGCCUGGAGUAUGAUUAUGUCAGCGACUGCCAGGUCUACCUGGUCAAGAGUGUUGGUGAGACUGAGGUGUCCAUCAUGGCUCAAAAUAAAGAUUGCUACGAAAGUGGCAUUGUCUGCAUGAAGUACCUGCUCAUCUAUGUUGGACUUACUAAAAUCUACUUCAGUGACAACUCUGGUAAACCUAGCUCUUCUACUGUUGUGGGAAGAGGAUAUGAGUUUCAGUUAUGGGGUGCGGGAUACUACACUGUGGUCCACUUUCCUGCUCAAGAUCUGACCAUUUUAUGGGACCGCAAGACCACUGUCCAUAUUCGUGCUGGACCCCAGUGGAAGGGUCAGAUGAGUGGUUUGUGUGGAAACUUUGACAUGGUAACAGUUAAUGACAUGACCACAGCUGGACAUAUGGAGGUCAGUAACGCACAGGCCUUUGGAGACAGCUGGGCUGUUGGACAGUGUGAGAGCGACUUUGUAGUUCGCAGACCGUGUGAAGGAGAUCUCAGUCGGCAGCCGUAUGCUAAGCGGGAGUGUGGCCUUCUCUACAGUGACGUAUUUGCUCCAUGUCACAAUGUGGUGGAUGUGACCUGGUUUUAUAAGAACUGUCUGACGGACACCUGCAACUGCAACCGUGGGGGUGACUGUGAAUGUCUGUGCACCAGUAUUGCAGCAUAUGCACACAAAUGCUGUCAAAAUGGUGUCACAGUGAACUGGAGAUCCCCCACUGUGUGUCCAUAUGACUGUGAAUAUUACAACCAAGAGUUGGGAGAGGGUCCGUUCACUCUGUCCAGCGCAGAGCAGAAUGACUCUGCAUGUGUGUUUGGGGCAAAUGUGAGCAGUGGUGAAGUGUUUCCCCUCCUGAGGACCAAUGCUCAACCCAGCACCAUUUUCCACUUCAUGAUCACAACUGGCCUAUAUAAGGACCGAGCUUCCAGACUUCCUGUUGCUUCACUGGAGUCUGCAGAGAGGCCCAACUACUUUCUGUGUGUUACUGGGAACCGUGGGUUACGAUUGGAACACUGGCAGCCUGGGGAAGAGUUCAGACGGAAGGCGACCUUCAUCCACCACCAGGGUCUGUGGUUACCUGGGCGAUCUUCCUUUGAGUUGCACAGUCAGAAGGGUGUCUUCCUCACUCUUUCUCAUACACAUGCACGUGUUCAGAACUACGACCACUCAUACACCUUCAAAAUCAGCAGCAGUUUUAUCAUUGAGGAGAGCAGUUUUGUGAUCCCCUACCGCUUGAUGUGCGAGUGGAAGUAUCAUGCAUGUGCCAGCCCAUGUGUGAAAACAUGCAACGACCCCGAUGCCACACGCUGCCAGUUUUUACCUCCGUGUGAUACUGUCUCCAACUCCGACUCCUUACAUGUUCGUGACCCGAUCAAACAGAACCACAGCGGCUCCGACCUCUGGUCCACUUGCCAAGAUCCUCCUUAUUCAUUACGUGUGGAUGUGUGCAGUGAGUACAUCUGCUUUAAUGGACAGCUGAUGCUGCAUAAUUCCUCUCAGCACUGCAGAUACAACAUCAGCCAGCCACAGUGCAACCUGCUGGGCACACCGAUCCAGACCAACACAGACCCCUGCUGCCCACUGUGGCAGUGCCCAUGUCGCUGCUCUAUAAUCUCUGACCUGCGUGUGAUCACGUUUGAUGGGAAUAAUGUGGCUCUGUAUGAUAUCGGUUCUUAUAUUCUGGUCCACCUGCCCAGAGAGAAAAUGGUCGGUCACAUUGAGAAAUGUCCAACCAGUGAGAGUGUGAACUACAUCAGAAGACCUACUCCCUCUGGUGGAACCUCUGGUCUGUGUUUUAAGAAGCUGAACAUUACAACGCAAUCGUACAGAAUUAUGGUCAACCGCUUGGACCGGAAGGUUUCGGUGAACCAGAUUACGGCACGGCUUCCUCUUACAAGGCAGAACCUCCAUAUUGAUGACACCGGGACCAUGUACAUCAUUAAUACACCUGGUGGGAUCAACAUAAAGUGGUACCACAGCACUGGCAUCAUGGUCCUACAGUACACGGCUCCUGAUAACACCUCCACUAGGGGGCUCUGUGGAUGUUGUGAUGGUAAUCCAGCUGAUGACCUGCGGCUGCCCAAUGGUACAGUGGUCCGGGAUAUUGAGGACAUCCCAGUAUUUCUGCACGGAUGGAUGGUGGAUACGUCAGAGGAUACAGAUUACUUCCGCAGAGUGGGAGACAACUGCACCACCGGCAACUGCUCCAAAUGUUUCACCAUGCUCAACCAGAGACCUUUCUCUAAAUGUCACCACAAGGUUUCUCCAGAACACUUCUGUGAUAAGAUAUGGGCUGGUGACCUACAUUAUAAAGAGCAUGAGUGUGACUUCCUGGCUGCUUAUGUGGCCAUUUGUUACACGCAUCAGAUCUGUUUCAGCUGGAGGAAAAGCAACUUCUGCCCACUCAAAUGUCCUCCUGGUAAAGAAUAUAAACCCUGUGUGAAUACAUGUAAGACUCGGACAUGUCAAAACCGAGAUUACUAUGAGGAAAGCACCUGUUCUUCUAUCAGAGAGGAGUGCGUUUGUAAAAGCGGUACCAUCCUGCACCGAGCAGACUCUGCCUUCUGUGUCACCGAGGACCAGUGCGUGUGUACGGGUAACGAUGGUGCUCCAUACGCCCCGGGUGAGGUGUGGAACGACUCUUUGCGUGGCUGCUGUCUGUUCAAGUGUCUGGAGAACGGUAGUGUGGUUCCUGUAGAACCCGACUGCAGUUAUGAACCUGCUCCGCUGUGUGAGAGGGAGGGAGAGUAUGCAGUCGAUGUGCUGGAGGAAGGAGUCUGCUGUCCUAAGAAGAUUUGUGAAUGUAACCUCACCAUCUGUCAGAGUGAAGCGCCCAGCUGUGAGAAUGGAGACAAGCUGGUGAUUGGUUACAGCACUCUGUCCUGCUGUCCUGAAUACAGAUGUGAAUGUGAUCCGCUGGCAUGUCAGAGUGUUCCUGCCCCUAUCUGCAGAGAAGAUCAAUUCCUGGUGGAGGUCAGAGGGGCACAAGCUUGCUGCUACAGCUACAUGUGUGUGUGCGAGUCCUGUAUUGACCCUGUACCAGUGUGUCUGCCUGGAGAGAUACUGGCUGUGGAUGUGAACACCACUAAUCACUGCUGUCCACAGUAUCAUUGUGUGUGUGAUACGAGUCUGUGUCCUGAGCCCAGUGUGAGUUGUGCUCCUGGAGCUGUGCUGGUGAAGAGACCUGUGCCGGACAGCUGCUGCCCAGAGACACACUGCGAAUGUCAGUGUCACAACGUUACACUUCCUGUCUGCACUGCGGGUGAAAUGAGAGUGGAGGAACCAGACCCCGGCGGCCCGUGUGGAUGCCCACUGUAUCACUGCAAGAAGGCAGAAGUGUGUCUGUUUCAGGGCGUAACGAUAUUGAACCCGGGCCAGUCUAUGGUGCAGUAUUUUGAGGGGGAACUGUGUUACACCGUUCAGUGCCUCACACAUAAAGACCCCAGCACCGGGUUCUACGCCAUGGAGGUCACCACUGCCAACUGCUCUGAGAAGUGUGAGCCUCAUCAGGUUUAUGUCCCAUCAUCUGAUCCACAUGUGUGCUGUGGCUCCUGCAAAAACAUCUCAUGCUCAUAUCCCAGUGAAAACGGAACUACAGAAGUAUUUAUGGCAGGAAGUUCAUGGGUGGCUAACUGCACACGCUUUGACUGUAUGGAGACUGCGGUAGGCGCAGUAGUUCUGGCCUCUGGAGUGGUCUGUCCUCCUUUCAAUGACACAGAAUGUAUUCAGAAUGGAGGCAUAGUUCAAACGUAUGUGGACGGUUGCUGUAAGACAUGCAAAGAAGAUGGUAAAACCUGUAAGAGAGUCGCCAUCAGGACCACCAUCAGAAAAGAUGACUGUAGAAGUAACACACCUGUGACUGUGUACUCAUGUGAUGGAAAAUGUCCAUCUGCCACAAUCUUCAACUUUAACAUUAACAGUCAUGCACGUUUCUGCAAGUGCUGCCGUGAGAACGGCCUCCAAAACCGCAUCAUUCAGCUGUACUGCACUCGAAAUGCCACUACGGUGGACUAUUACUACCAGGAGCCAAUGGACUGCUCAUGCCAGUGGAACUGAUUCCAUCCGGACUGUGUGCAGUAAAGUUAAGAUCUCAGUGAGAGCACUAGCUUAACGCAGAAUCCGACCGCAUAUACAGUACAGUAUCUGUAAAACCGCAAAACUACUAACACAAUCACUGUAUUUGUUGUGUCUUUGAUAUCUAUAAUUUAUCUGUAAGUACAGUAGGUUAAUCAAACAUUUAUUCAAACAAGAACAACAAACUGCUGUUUAAUUGGUGUAUUGUUUAGAUUUUAGUAUUAACAUUUGUUAAAUGAUGAAAUGACAUGGGGACGAGUAUUAUUCGAAUCAUUAUUUUCCAUUAACAUUUUAAAUACAUUUAUACAUGUUAAAAUCUUUACUUUUAACCA